GGAGACACGCCCACCAAAUUAAAGUCCAGUUGUUCGUGGUUCUCCUGGCACUUCUCUGGUUCUUUUACAAGUUCCCAGGAGUGGAACCAGAGUCUGUGAAUCAGGAUCCGUCUGAGCUGCCUGCACGCUGCUGCUGAGCCUCUCGAGUGUUUAUUUUGGAUCAUGUCUAAGAAGGCAGGAAACCGCGGGCCGGAGUUUGAGGCGCUGGUGGAGGCCUCCAUCAUCCGCAUCCCGCCUCAUCACUACAUCCAUGUGCUGGACCAGAACACCAACAUCGCCCGGGUGGAGAUCGGACCGCUCACCUACAUCCGCCAGGACAAUGAGAGAGUGCUGUUUAUGCCGGUCCGCAUGAUCAUGGUGCCACCGCGUCACUACUGUGUGGUCAUGAACCCCGUGGCCCGAGAUGAUGACAAUCAGGUCCUCUUUGACCAGUCAGGUCAGGCCAAACUCCGGCAUGCUGACCUGGAGAUCCGCCUGACCCAGGACCCGUUCCCCCUGUACCCCGGAGAGGAGAUCCAGCAGGACGUGUCUCCACUGCAGAUCGUGUAUCCCGACACGGCGCUGCGUCUUCAGGCUCUGCUGGACUUUGAGGAGGAAGGAGAAGAGAAGAGGGUGGCCGGAGACGAGUGGCUGUUUGAAGGACCAGGGACGUAUAUUCCAAAGAAGGAGGUUGUGGUGCUGGAGACCAUCAAGGCCACAGUGAUCAGAGAGAACCAGGCCAUCAGACUGAGAGCUCGCAAGGAAGGAGUGGACAGAGGGGGCGUCCGCAGGGUCACAGGUGAGGAGUGGCUGGUCAGCAAAGUUGGAGCGUACCUUCCUGGUGCCCAUGAAGAAGUCAUCGAUAUUGUGAACGCUUUCAUCCUGACUGACAAGAAAGCGCUUCAUGUUCGUGCCCUGCGGCCCUUUAAAGACUCCGGAGGUCGGGACCGCCGCACAGGGGAGGAAUGGCUCGUCACCAUGGCGGACAGGGAGGCUCACAUCCCCUCUGUGGCGGAGGAGGUGGUAGGGGUUGUAGAAGUGACCACUCUGAGCAGCAGACAGUACUGUGUGAUCCUGGACCCGGUCGGACCUGAUGGGAAACCUCAGCUGGGACAGAAGAGGGUGGUGAAGGGUGAGCGCUCAUUUUUCCUGCAGCCGGGUGAGCGACUUGAACAGGGCAUUCAGGACGUGUACGUGCUGUCAGAGGAGGAGGGUCUGGUGCUGAGAGCUGUGGAGGCGUUCACUGACACCGAGGAGGGCCUAGAGGAAGAGGAGGAGGAACUGAUGGAGGAGCGGGCGAAGCGCUCACGAAGGAGCGGCAUCCUCCGUCGCCCCGGAGACCGUUGGAUGCUAAGGGGUCCUAUUGAGUACGUCCCCCCCGCCGCUGUGGAGGUGCUGCUGAAACGUCAGGCCAUCCCAUUGGACGAGAAUGAGGGCAUCUACGUCAGGGACAUCAAAACUGGAAAAGUGCGUGCUGUGAUCGGUCACACUUACAUGCUGACUCACAAUGAGGAGUUGUGGCAGAAGGAGCUUCCUCCCAAUGUGGAGGCCCUGCUGGCUUCUCCUUUGGAUCCACUGGCCGACCGCUCGGACCGAACCAGAACCGGAGAGGCUCGGCCCAGGGACAAGACCAGAGUGGUGUCCUACAGGGUCCCACACAACGCUGCAGUCCAGGUUUACGACUACAGAGAGAAGAAAGCCAGGGUGGUGUUCGGACCAGAGAGGGUGAUGUUGGGGCCUGAUGAGCAGUUCACCGUGCUGUCGCUGUCCGGAGACAAACCAAAGAGGGCCAAUGUCAUUAAGGCCAUCUGCCUCCUGCUGGGGCCCGACUUCUUCACCGACAUCAUCACCAUCGAGACGGCCGACCACGCCCGCCUGCAGCUGCAGCUCUCCUACAACUGGCACUUUGAUGUCAAGUUUCCAGUGGACCCUGCUGAUGCAGCAGCUCUGUUUUCAGUUCCUGACUUUGUCGGGGACUCCUGCAAAGCCAUCGCCUCCCGAGUCAGAGGAGCCGUCGCCUCCGUGCAGUUUGAUGAUUUCCACAAGAACUCAAAUCGGAUCAUCUGCUCGGCGGUGUUCGGGUUCGAUGAGAAGCUGGCGGUUCGUCCCAACCUUCGCUUCAGCCAGAACAACCUGAUGAUCAGCAGCGUGGACAUCCAGUCUGUGGAGCCUGUCGACCAGAGGACACGAGAUGCCCUGCAGAAGAGCGUCCAGCUUGCCAUCGAGAUCACCACCAACUCCCAAGAGGCCGCUGCAAGGCACGAGGCAGAGCGCCUGGAGCAGGAGGCCCGGGGUAAGCUGGAGAGGCAGAAGAUCAACGACCAGGCCGAGGCUGAGAGGGCCAGGAAGGAGCUGCUGGAGCUGGAGGCCCUCAGUGCUGCGGUGGAGAGCACAGGAGCUGCGAAGGCUGAGGCUCAGUCUCGGGCAGAGGCAGCUCGCAUUCAGGGAGAGGCGGCAGUCAACGAGGCCAAACUGAAGGCUGAAGCUCAGAGGAUCGAGGCGGAGGCGGAGCUCCUGCGGCUGGCAAAGGCUCGUGAGCAGGAGCUGAACUACAAGAAGCAGAUGGACAGUCUGGAGGUGGAGAAGCAGAAGAGUCUUGCUAACAUCGAGAGCGAGCGCUUCAGUAAGCUGGUGGAGAGUCUAGGCAGCGACACGCUGACGGAGAUGGCCAGAGCCGGGCCUGAGCUGCAGGUGAAAAUGCUGCAGGCUCUGGGCCUGAAGUCGACCCUCAUCACAGACGGGUCAUCACCCAUCAACCUCUUCACCACCGCCAACGGCCUACUGGGGGCGCUGCCGGGACAGGGACAGUGAGGAAGAGGAGGCGGAAAAGAGGGAACAUAUGGUCCAAAAGUAAACCUCAACAGAUGCUCAUCUCUCUGACACAAUGUGCCUUCUACAGAUUUUAAGAUGCACUCCAUGGUUUCAUCAGAAGAGCCCAAAUAUAUCCCCCCAGAUCACUGCUGAUGCUUUAAAUUUCAACUUUGAGUGAUCACUGUUUUGAUCUGUUAAAAAAAAAAAAAACAUGUAGUGCAUCUUAAAAAAUCUUAAAUAAAACUAUUUCCAUGAUUUGAAAAAAUGAAAACUGUUUGCCCAGACUUUUAUUCUAUAAAGAAAAACAGACAAAGACACUUUAUCUUUCAGACAUCUAACGUCAUCUUUGCGAACAUGACUGUGAAUGUAUGAACCCAAAAUCUCCUCUUCCACUUCACAACUCUAUGUUUCCACCUGACAACACUUAAUGGCCGACACACUCAAGCUGCAUGAUACAAACUGACAAAAACUGCCCUAAUCCUCUCUGUUUUCUGUCUUUUCUAAACCUGAAAUCUAUCCAACCUCCGAUAGUCGGUUUUAUCACCUCACUGUGAUGUCAGUGAAACAGUUUAUCAGCCUCCACCAGGAGGACUUUUGCACUUUGAGCUCUUAAAAAUGAGAAUCAGAGGUUUAGUUUUGGACAGAAAAACAGCAUGAAGACAUGUCAUGCGCCAUGAUGAAACAUUUUAACUAAUCAUGGAUGCAAAUGAAGAAGAAAUGUGCCUCAAAACAAGCUGACAGUUUAGUUUAGUCAUAUAAUCUGACAGCCAAAUAUUCAAAUAUUCCUGUUCCUGCUUUGCACUACGUCCACUAGAAAUAAACGGCUAAUGCUGAUGUUUGUUUACAUGGUCAAAAUGUACUGUCUUUGCAGUGGUAAUAAUGUAAGAAUAGAAUAGUCUGACUGCCUUUCUCUGCCUUACACUGUGCUGUUGUUUCUACAUAAAGAACUGUGUGAAGCCAUUAAAAUGCUGCUGCUGCCCA